ACUCCAUCCUUCGUUUUUUCUUGUAAAUCACAUUAUUAAUUAUCACUUUAACUCCUCACCAAUCAAUUUUCCAGUAAUUAGUCACAUCUUUUUAACUUCAUCUUUGUACUAGUUGUUUGGAUUUACUCUCAUUUGUCACAGACACGCUUUCUUCCUGUGCUUCGCUCUGCAAAAAUGGUCAGAGGUUCGUCUCAGUCCCAAACGGCGUCGUCUUCCACAUCGCGGCCGGGCGUGGUUGCUCCACGAGGAAUGCGCCGCCGUCGGGUCUCUGGAGCUGCCGCCGCUGGAUCGGGCUCGGCCUCGUUCGGCGGUGGAUCUGGUCCCGGAAGCAACAUGCUGAGAUUCUACACCGACGAUGCUCCGGGAUUGAAGAUCUCGCCGACCGUCGUGCUUGUUAUGAGCCUCUGCUUCAUCGGCUUCGUCACGGCUCUUCAUGUCUUCGGCAAGCUUUAUCGCUCCCGAUCUGGCGCCGAGGCUUGAUCGCGGGAUCCUUGUUUGGAUCAUCUGGUUCGUGUUUAGUGUGUUCCUUUUCGAUUUGGUGAUCAUUCCGGUUCCGUGAUCGGCUAAGAAAUCGGUAAUUGAAUAAUAUAUGUUCUUGUACUGUAAUUUCUGCUCUGAAAAUUUCUGGAGUUUUUCAUGUUUGUAAAUAUGGGAUUUUCUGGAUGUUACUUUGAUGAAAAAAGUGAUUUUGGAUCGUUAUUGA